UUCAGGCUUCACACCUCCCGCGACCGAUGCGGGUAAUUACGAAAGUUGAAGGCACAGAUUUUGGAUUCGAGGAAACUCUUAACGAUGUAUUACGGGAGCUGGACCGAUGAAUGCAAAGAGGAGCAAGACCCGCCAGACUGCUCGGAAUUAAACUGGCAUUGCAGUUUGACUGGAGCGGCGCCUGUCACUUCAGCGGCCCCUUGUACGUUACGCAGCCAGGAAAAAGGUAAAACGUGCGAAGAUCGAGGGCAUGGAUUCUCUUUCAAAGUUGAAGAGGACAAAGCUCAUUUGGAUCUGCACAUCCAGGAAGUGAAUAUCAUAGCAAGCACUGGCUCCAUAAAAAAUGAAGUCGGUGUGCCAGAGCAGAUUUCUGGUGACAUCAAGCAAGAAGAUACUCAAGUAGCCAUUACUGGACUUUCAGGUGAAGAUACUGAGCAAAGAUCCAGUGCCAUUAAACAAGAGGAGUCAGUAAAUGUUAAAGAGGAGGAUUGUGAGGUGGAGCUAUUCUCUGCCCCUGAAAUCAAACAGCUUUCUAUGGACCCCUCAGGGUUUAUGCUGAAUGCAAAGUCCUUAGAGGAGUCUAACUGUGAGCCUGGAGUUAACGGAACAAAUGAUAAUUUCAAGAACAUUGAAAAGCCACAAAAGAUUCGUAAGGUAGGGAAACCUCAAGUCAGUGCUGAAAACUUGGGGAGCUUGACUACUUUACAAAGUCUUAAAAACCAGCAGAUAAUUGGCAAAGAAAGUAAACAGUUCCAGUGUUCUGAUUGUGGAAAGUCUUUUGGCCACAAGGAAAGUUUUAAACAACACCAGAGAAUUCACACCGGAGAAAAGCCGUUUGAAUGUGCAGAAUGUGGAAAGAGGUUUGUGCACGCUACACAGCUGAAACGCCACCGGAUGACCCACACAGGCGAGAGGCCUUAUCCAUGUGUGGAGUGCGGAAAAUCUUUCAGAUGUAUCACAGGCCUCAAGCGUCACCAGGUAAUCCACAGUGGGGAAAAGCCACACCAGUGUGCCGAGUGUGGGAAGUCAUUUGGCUAUGCUCCAAAUCUUAAACAACAUUUGAAAAUACACUCGGGAGAAAAGCAGUACCAGUGCACUGAGUGUGGGAAAUCCUUUAAUUGGGCUACUGACUUUAAGCACCACAAGAUAACUCACACCGGUGAAAAACCUUACCGAUGUGCUGAAUGUGGACGGACGUUUACCCGGUACACAUACUUCAAACAACACCAGAGAAUCCACACCGGAGAGAAGCCGUACCAGUGUCUUGAAUGCGGCAAGUCAUUCAGUCAGGUUUCAAUCCUUAAACAGCAUCAGAACAUUCAUACAGGAGAGAAACCAUACAAAUGCAUGGAAUGUGGGAAAGCAUUUAGCCGGCUUGCACUAUUUAAAGAACACCGGAAUUAUCACACAGGAGAAAAACCACACCAGUGUACUGAAUGUGGGAAGACCUUCCGUUGGGCAUUAGACUUUAAACAUCACCUAAGAGUCCACACAGGAGAAAAGCCAUACCAGUGUACCGAAUGCGGGAAACUGUUCCGCUGGGCAGGAAGUCUUAAACAACACCAGAACGUUCACACCGGAGAAAAGCCGCACCAGUGUGGUGAGUGUGGAAAGUCUUUCUUACGGGCUGUAAGCCUCAAACAACACCAGAGCAUUCACACAGGCAAAAAGCCCCACCAGUGCACUGAGUGUGGACAGACAUUUACACGGGCUCCAAACCUCAGAUCCCACCAGAGAAUUCACACAGGAGAAAAACCAUACCAGUGUACUGAAUGCGUGAAGAGCUUCCGAUGCGCUACACGCCUCAAGUACCAUCAGAGAAUCCACACAGGAGAAAAGCCUUACCAGUGUGAUGCCUGUGAGCAGACGUUCAACCAGGCCACAAACCUUAAACGCCACCAGAGGAUUCAUAUAGCAGAAGCGAAGCAAGACAAGGAGGACCCAAAGUCUGGAAAUGCACUGGGUGCUAACCCAAAAGUGGAACAGCAGAUAUCCGAGUCCAUCUGCUCCGGAUUCAAUUCCAUGGACCGACUGCUGGAGUCGCACAUCGUGAUCGGCGCCCAGUGCUACCCAGAUAGCCAGUCGUCGGCUCCCCCUUUCUCACAGUGGCCAGAGGUGGGUCGUGCGAGAGUCCUGUCUUUACUGCUCACCGACUCCCCCUUGUUUCGAGUAAACGCGACUUCGGCGAUUAUGAUGUGCGAAAUCGAAGAAGUGCUGAAGAAGCGAUGUGUAGAUUUCCCGUAUAAAGUAUUUAAUUAUGCAAACGAAGUCGGAAACUUGAACCAGCAGAUGGAACCAUCCCGACGCGAACUGGGACCAGUGAACUGUGCAGAGGGGACUCUCCCACGAUCCUUUGCCAGCUGCAGCGACCCGCUGUUUAAUGCGAGGCGACAAGCCGGCGAUCCCACUGCGGUGGACGGGCUGGCUGGGCGGCAGUGGGCACCCGUAAUUUGGCGAGACUCGGACAGUCAAUCGGGGCUAUGCAAACAAGAGCCGGAGCUGCUAGACUGCACCGGAGGGCAUUCAGAUAGCGGUUUGAUCAAUCCGGGUUCGCGCAGAACCAAGGAUCCGGCAGAGUUUGUCAAUCGAGAGGAUACAGAAAUCGGUACAAGGAGUUCGAGGAGCGGAGACGAAGGACCUCCUGCAGCCUCUUUCCAAGUCACUGAGGGAAUGACUCAUUUUGGUCUGCGCCUCUUGGAGGUCGACUAUAUGACUGUACAUGGAGCAUCGGACAGUGGAGUUUUGAAAACAGAAGAUGGAUUUCCUGAGCAGAUUUUUGUCUAUCGUAUCCAAGAGGAUUCUGAAAUGGAUUUUGCUGGGGUUCCCCAUAAGAAUGUGGCCCAAGGGUUUGUCAGCACCAAACAGGAGGAGUUAAUCGGUGUUAAACAAGAGGAGUCAGAGGUGGAGCUGUCGUCCAGUAUUAAGGGGGAGAGGCCUCCCCAGGAGAGUGCCCCUGUUGAUGUGAUUACUUUGCAUGAGCCUAAAGAAGCCGGUAUGUGGGCUGUGCCUGGCAGUCCUUUCUUCACCCCGCACGAGAGCUGGAAUGGGUCAGAUUCUGCAUGCAAAGAGAGAAUGGGAGAGAAUAUCACGCCAAUGGAAAAAUCUCAACAAGUUCAUACUGUAGGCGUGCAGCAAGUCUACAGGGAAGGUUCGGCACCUCUUGAAAAUUUACAGCCUGUUACAAACUACCAGGCACUUGGUGCCGGGGACCAACUCCUCCAGAGUCCUGAAAACGAGGUAACUGUAGGUAAGACGCCAAACCCAACACGCCAACGAAAUAGCCACAAAGGAGAAAAACCAUACCGAUGUACCGAAUGUGGAAAGGCUUUCCUCCGAGUCAGAGACCUUAAGUGUCACCAGCGAAUACACACCGGUGAGAAGCCGUACCAUUGUAAUGAAUGUGGGAAGAGCUUCUGCCAGGUCACACACCUCAAGCAACAUCUGAGGAUUCACACCGGUGAAAAGCCUUAUCACUGUGACGAGUGCGGGAAGAAUUUCAGACAGGCUGCCAGCCUCAGGCAGCAUCAGAGGAUACACACUGAGCAAAACACGUACCAAUGUGGAGAGUGUGGGAAAACGUUUAGCUGGAUUGUUAACCUUAAAAUCCACCAGCAGAUCCACACGGGAGAGAAAAUGUACCAAUGCACCGAAUGCGGGAAGAUGUUUAGCCGGUUUGUGCACCUUCAACGCCACCAGAGAAUUCACACUGGGGAAAAACCAUACCAGUGCAACGAAUGUGGAAAGACGUUCAGCCAAGCCACACACCUAAAGCAACACCAGAGUAUCCACACGGGGGAAAAGCCUUAUCAGUGCACAGAGUGUGGAAAGAUGUUCAGCCAGGCUACCCACCUCAAACAACAUCAGAGUAUUCAUACGGGAGAAAAACCCUUCCAGUGCAGUGAGUGCGGAAAAGCGUUUAGCCGAGUCUCACACUUAAAGGAACACCAGAUACUUCACACGGGCGAGAAAACGCACCACUGUGCCGAAUGCGGAAAGACUUUCAGUCGAGCCCCGAGCCUGAAACAGCACCAGAAGAUUCACACGGGAGACAAACCGUACCAGUGUAGCGUGUGCGGGAAAUGUUUCAUACGGGCAAGAAGCCUUAAACUCCAUCAGAGCAUCCACACGGGAGAAAAACCGUACCAGUGUAUCGAAUGUGGAAAAGCAUUUGGUCGCAUUGCCCACUUGAAGGAACACCAGAUACUUCACACUGGGGGGAAAACAUACCAGUGCAACGAAUGUGGAAAGACUUUCAUCUGGGCGCCUAACCUGAAACGCCACCAGAGAAUCCACACCGGCGAAAAGAGGCGGAAACGAGAGUGUGAAGACGUUGUGAAACAACAGAAGAGGCGGGCAAGGGAUGAUCCCGAGGUGGAACAAGAGAGCUGAAAUCCUCUCUGUAGUUCUGGUUAAGUAAGAAGUUUGUAGACAUAUAUUUUUUUCAGAUCCCCAUAUUACUUUGUAAUGCAUGAAAGGGACAAGGAAGGUUCUAUGAUGUGAAAAUGAGCAGUAUAUAACACAGAUUACCUGAAAAUAUGAAGAGUGAGGCUGAUCCUAACCCUAACGUAGAGUCUGAAUGGAGACAGCUGGCUAUGUUUUAGCACGGACCCUGAAACUAAACAUAUGGACUCAGAAACUGGAGGGAUGGAGACGGUAAUCUUAAGCGAAGAUCCGUUCCACUGCAACAAUUCAACUUUUUAAAUGAAAAAUAAUAUUCUUAUUAAAGACAUAAUUGCAUACCACUAGAGCACUAGGCCGCUCCUGGACCAGACUCGGCCACUGCCGUGGUCUUAACAUCCAUGGGAGAUGUUUGAUGGCUUUUAAUGCCAAUUCAAAUUCAGUUCAGUUCUUGUGUUACAAGUGUGGCUUUGGCCGAGUGUUUAUUGUUUUAAAAUUUUAAGUUCUGGCUCCAUGUCUUCUGCUCAGUGCUGCUGGGAAAAGCUCUGACCUCUGUAACCCUGCCAUGGAUCGAGUCAAUUUGAGAGUGACUGACUGACUGGCUGACUUUUAAUUGAAUUACUUUAAUUUAGUUUUGCCAAAAUGUUUUCUCAUUCCUACAGAUAUGUUAUAGGGAAAAAAUGUCUGUAUUACAUAACCACUAUAUGCAUAUCUUUUUUUCUGCUUUUUACCGUAUAUACUGUGUGUGUAUGAGUGUGUAAACUCACCUAAAGGAUUAUUAG